UUUGAGGAGAGCUACCCACCCGUGCACUUAAAGUCCACCCAACUUCAAAGGUAACGAACUUCGAAUUUUCUAAGAUAAUCUUUGGGAUUCGGUACCAAUAUCGUACAUGGUCUUGUAGAGGGGGACAAGCUCUAUCAGAAUAUGAAAUAAAAUGAGACAAAAAAUUCGACAAACCCCUUAACCUCUCUGAGAAGGGAUAGAGCCCACACAGAAAUCAUGUGUGGCGCGAUCUCUUAUGAUAUACAUGUAUAACAUAAGGAAGGACGUCACAGAGGAGGGGAGACUAAUCUUGUUAGUAAAGAUCGACGGAAGAGCUUCACGUUUACAAUUUAGCCUACAAUUGUCAUUAAAACCAUUCACAUAAUGUACCUGAUAGAAAGAUUUAUGAUGGGAAAACGCAACCCAGACUUUAGAUUGAAAUGGUUGCCCUACUGUAUCAAAUCAUAUCAUAGCAAAAAUGGUGUUUAUGGAUAUAAGCGGAGUCAAAGGAGGCACUUUGAAGUGCUAAAAGAAUAUCUAGAUGAACGAGCGAGACAGAGCAAUUUUUAUAGAUUAGUCAGUGCAUAUAGAACUCAUGGACAUAAACAAGCAGUCAUAAAUCCCAUUUCUACUAGCAAACCACAGUUAUUAUCUGAAUUGCAACCAAAGAAUUUUGGACUAAAUUUACUGGAUAAAGUUUGUUUUCGAGGAAUUUUAUUUACGCGACAAGAUGAAGGAACAAUAGAAGAAGCUAUUCAAUUUUUGCAUGCUACUUACAGCGAUGCUGUUGGAACUGAAUUUAAUCAUCUCGAGACGGAAGAAGAGAGGGAAUGGUUUGCCGAAACUGUAGAAAGAGUUUUAGCCGAACCAUUAAAUAAUGAAACACGUAAAACGAUAGCCACGGAAAUGCUCAAAAGUCAAGUUUUUGAUAACUUUCUGGCCAUAAAGUUUGUCAGUUUAAAAAGAUAUGGAGGAGAAGGAGCCGAGAGUAUGAUGGCUUUCUUUCAUGAGCUUUUCAAACUAUGUACCUUUGAUAAUUUGGAACACGUAAUUAUUUGCGCUGCACACCGCGGCCGCCUUAAUUUAUUAACGGGACUACUAAACUUUCCACCAGAGAAAUUAUUUCGCAAAUUACGAGGACUUUCUGAAUUUCCGGAUGCGACCAGAUGUACUGGAGAUGUAAUUAGUCACCUCAUAAGCUCUACUGAUCUUAACAUAGGUGAAAAGGGUCUUCACGUAACCAUGCUUCGAAAUCCAUCGCAUUUAGAAGUAGUAAAUCCCGUAUCGAUGGGAAAAACACGAGGAGUUAUGCAGACGAUUAAAGAAGCCGCGUACAGCGAUAAUGAAGAUGCAAUAUGGAGUGAUAAAGCAAUAAACAUUCAGGUACAUGGAGAUGCUGCCUAUCCAGGACAGGGAAUUAAUCAGGAAUGCUUAGUUUUAAGCAAAACGCCACAUUUUGAAAUUGGUGGUACAAUUCAUUUAAUAAUUAAUAAUCAAUUAGGUUUCACAACUCCACCUUCAAGGAGUCGAUCGUCAAGAUAUUGCACAGAUUUAGCGAAAACUAUAUCUGCACCUGUAGUUCAUGUAAACGGUGACAAUCCUGAGAUGGUUGUACGAGCUGCAAAAAUAGCCUUUAAAUAUCAAAGACGUUUCAGAAAGGAUGUGUUUGUUGAUUUAAAUUGUUUCAGAAGAUGGGGUCACAAUGAACUAGAUGAUCCUACAAUCACUAACCCCCUCAUGUAUAAAAUUAUACAAAAUCAUGCAUCUGUACCAGAUCGAUAUGCAGAUAAGUUAGUAGACGUCAACAUUCUUACUCGAGAAAACGUUGAAAAUAUCAUCGACAAUCACAUAACGUGGUUGAAUAAGACUCUGAAAGAAUCUUCGAAGGACGCAUCAAGACUGUCAACCGUUUAUGCCGGAAGAUGGGCGAAAAUGAAGCAAGCUGAAGCUAAUAUAACGCAAUGGGAUACUGGUGUUGAACUAGGCUUGCUACAUUUCGUCGGAGAAAAAAGUGUUCAAGUGCCACCAAAUUUUGCUAUUCAUCCACAAUUAUUAAAGAAUCAUGUCCAAAAUCGUCUAAAAAAGAUCGAAAGCGGUAACGCAUUGGAUUGGUCAACUGCUGAAGCAUUAGCCAUCGGUUCUUUAUUAUAUCAAGGAUAUAACGUAAGAAUAAGUGGACAGGAUGUAGGCCGUGGCACUUUUUCACAGAGGCACGCGAUGCUCGUUGAUCAAUCUACAGGAGCUAUUUUUAUUCCGCUGAAUUCCAUGGUUGAUAAUCAAACUGGCAAAUUAGAGAUAGCUAACAGCAUUCUAUCUGAAGAAGCUGUACUAGGUUUCGAAUAUGGUAUGAGUAUAGCGUCACCGUUUACAUUGCCUAUUUGGGAAGCUCAAUUUGGAGAUUUUGUCAAUGGAGCACAAAUCAUUAUUGACACAUAUAUAACGAAUGGAGAAGCAAAGUGGAUGCUAAGUAGCGGUCUAACAAUGCUUUUACCACAUGGAUAUGACGGUGCUGGGCCGGAACAUAGUAGUUGCAGACUUGAAAGAUUUUUACAAUUAACGAACAGUAAGGAAAACGGUGUCGACGGUGAUGAUGUUAAUAUACAUAUUGUGAAUCCCAGUGAACCAGCACAAUAUUUCCAUUUAUUAAGAAGACAGAUGAUAAGGGAUUAUCGAAAACCUCUGAUCGUAAUAGCACCUAAAAUUUUAUUACGUCAUCCGGCAGCAGUAUCACCUUUAUCGGAUUUUGAACUUCGAACGAACUUCAAAACUAUUAUUGGAGAUGAUAGAGUAGAAAAAUGUAACGUUACUAAGAUCAUUUUAGUCAGUGGAAAACACUAUUAUGCACUUAACAACUAUCGAGAAACUUCUGGAGACAAGAAUGUAGCUAUCAUUAGAAUAGAAAGUUUAUGUCCAUUUCCUGUUCAUGAGUUACUAGAAGAAAUUGCAAAAUAUAAACAUGCGCAGACUUUUAUUUGGAGCCAAGAAGAACCACGAAACAUGGGCGCAUGGUGUUUUAUUAAACCACGUUUUGAAAAUUUGUGUGGACGACAGUUGAGAUAUUGUGGUCGAGAAUCAAUGGCAUCACCAGCUGUUGGAGAUGGACAAAUGCAUCAACGAGAAGUUAAUGAAGUUAUUAUUAAACCAUUUACAUUAAAAUAAAUAUCAAAAGAUAUUACUUUAAUAAAUUCACAACGUAUUCUACUGUAACUAAAUAUACACUCAAAUAUAUUUACUCUAAAAAAUAUUUAUAUAU